CUGAAACCCCCUCACCCCGUCUCCUGAUUAAUGCUGCUGCCCCGUCGACAAUGUUACCAUGCAUUAACUGGCUGCAGCCUUUCCUUGCCUUGAUCUCCUCCACCUUGCUCACGCGAGGCCAUAACUGUCCAUCUAGCUGUUUGUGUCCAGACCACCACACUGUGGACUGCACCAGCAAAGGUCUAACUAGAGUCCCGGACUCCAUCCCUCUGGACGUUCGACGUCUUCUGCUCUCCAAUAACUGGAUUCCCUGGAUUCCCUCAGACUUCCUGGUCCUGUACAGCGAUCUAGUCUACCUGGACCUGAGGAAUAAUUCCCUCUCCCAGCUGGAGCCAGGGACCCUGAGUACCUCCUCUAGAUUAGUCUUCUUGGACCUGGGGAGCAACAACCUGACAGAAAUUCCAUCUGGGACAUUUGGGGAGUCCAGGAGUCUGAUCAAACUGCGACUAGGGAACAACCCCUACCUAAAUAUGGUAGGCAGGGAUGCUUUCACUGGGUUGACUUCUUUGAGGGAGCUGGAGCUGGAGAGAAAUGGUCUCACAGAGCUGGACGUCAGCAUCCUGGAAUCCCUGCCGUCCCUCCGGAUGUUACGUCUUGAAGGCAACCCCUGGUUCUGCAACUGCCACUUUGCCAAACUGUUUGUAUGGCUGAUGGAGAACCGCCACAAGCUCCCAAAGGGUAAGCUGCUUUAA